GCAGUAAGGAGGCGGGGUGCUGAAAUGACAUUCGGCCCCACCAACCAAAGCAUAUUUCCCGAAGUCCCGUUGAUUAGGAGCAAUAAAGCGCUCUUGACAUCCGUCCAGGAAGACGGAGGCACACAUUAGCCAGGUCGCUGGAGGAACACCUUACGGCAAAAUGGCGGCGGGUAAUGUCAACCCGUUUAACGUGAGUGACUCGGAGGAGGAAGCGGAGCAGAGGCAGGAUGGCGUGGAUACUGAGCGCAGCCCGAGUGAUGAAGCGCAAGGCCACAGCCUCGGUCCCUUCUCUCCGCCGGCGUACUCCGAGCCAGCCGCCCUGCUGUCCAGCAACCGCACCAGCCCGAGUGUGGACGGGAUCCCCGCCUCGGCGGCUGCUGUGUCCGGGAUCGGCGCGGAGACGCGGGUGUCGCUAGAUGCGAUCGCCGCGCAGCUGCUCCGGGAUCAGUACAUCCUCACGGCCCUGGAGCUGCACACCGAGCUCCUUGAAGCCGGACGCGAGCUGCCGCGCCUACGGGAUUAUUUCUCCAAUCCAGGCAACUUCGAGAGGCAGAGCGGAACUCCACCCGCGUGCAAAGAGCAAGGUGUCGGUCCUGGAGGUCCGCUUACUGUGCAGGUGCAGGAUGUAAAGAGGAGAAAAAAAGAUGCACAUUUGAGGGAUCGAGCUGGCAGUAUCAGCACGUUGGACUCCUUGGAUUUUGCACGUUAUUCAGAUGAUGGCAACAGGGAGUCAGAUGAAAGAGUUGCAGUUCUGGAGUUUGAACUGCGGAAAGCCAAGGAGACCAUUCAGGCUCUUCGUGCCAACUUGACUCAGGCUGCAGAAUGCGAGAUUGCCUCUCAAGAGAGAAAAAAUUACAAAUCCAGUCCUGAAACUCAGGAGCCUAUUCGCCCUCUUGAAAAGAGAGCCUUAAAUUUUUUAGUUAAUGAAUAUUUAUUGAAAAACGAAUACAAGUUAACGUCCAUCACAUUCUCAGAUGAAAACGAUGAUCAGGAUUUCGAGUUGUGGGAUGACGUUGGUCUAAACAUUCCCAAACCUCCAGAUCUGCUGCAGCUUUACAGAAACUGUGGGAACAGCCUGCCAUUGCAUCGUGACACCACAGAUGUGGCGGUCAGUGUUGAACCGAGUGACUUGCCAGGAGACUAUUUCACCCAGGAACCCAUGCAGCAAGCUGAGGUCAUACAGCAGCAACAGCAGCAGGAAGUGGUUCAGGAGCUGGAAUAUCAGAUCAGCCUGCUGAAUAGUGAGAAACAGAGUCUGGCUGAACAGAUUAAGAAGCUUCAGAGUGAUAUUCAGGCACUUCAGAGGAAUGUAUCAUCAGAACCCACAGCUGUAGCAAAGUCGACUCCGUCUAAAGAAAUCCCUAACUGUGAUAAACUCCCACUUGACAAUGGACAGUAUCUGGACAUACGAGGGGUUACAGAAAUGGACAGCUCUUCAGACACUACUAAAACCUCAACCACUACCACUAUUGCUACUGACUGCACUGAAAACACCACUACUGCUACACAACCUCACGGCAAACUGAAGGCCAAUGGUCAGCAGAGUAAAAGCUCUGUGCAGUUUGACCAGCCCAACAGAAAGCUGUCUCCGGCCUUCCACCAAGCACUUUUGUCCUUCUGUCGAAUGUCUGCUGACAGCAGGCUGGGCUCAGAGGUGUCUCGAAUCGCUGACAGUGAGCAGAGUGUUAUGCUCAUGCUGGGCCGCUGUCUGCCACACAUCGUACCCAAUGUCCUGCUAGCCAAGAGAGAGGAGCUGAUUCCUCUGAUUCUGUGUACGGCCUGCCUGCAUCCCGAGCCCAAAGAAAGAGAUCAACUCCUGCACAUUCUCUUUAAUCUUAUCAAGAGACCCGAUGAUGAGCAGAGACAAAUGAUUUUGACGGGGUGUGUGGCAUUUGCCCAACAUGUGGGUCCGACACGGGUGGAAGCUGAGCUCCUGCCGCAGUGCUGGGAACAGAUCAACCACAAGUAUCCAGAGAGAAGACUUCUGGUGGCGGAAGCAUGUGGAGCCCUGGCCCCUUAUUUACCAAAGGAAAUCCGAAGCUCCCUGGUCUUGUCCAUGCUUCAGCAAAUGUUGGCAGAUGAUAAAGCUGAUAUGGUCCGAGAGGCCGUGGUAAAAAGCUUAGGAAUUAUUAUGGGUUACAUCGAUGAUCCAGACAAAUACUCCCAGGGCUUCGAGCUGAUGCUCUUGUCUCUGGGUGACCCAUCGGAGCGGGUGGUCAGUGCCACCCACCAAGUGUUCAUUCCUGCCUUUGCUGCCUGGUGUACAGAACUGGGCAACUUACAGUCCCAGCUCAUCCCUUCCCUCCUCACUCGCAUCGAGAAGCUGCUCAAGCAGGGUGAAUAUGGCCUGGAUGAACACAAGCUGCACAUGUAUCUGUCAGCACUUCAGUCCCUCAUCCCGUCUCUGUUUGCGGUGCUGCUUCAAAACGCCCCCUUCACCAGUCGAGUCAAACUACAAGGCGACGUGCCUCCAAUCGAAGUGACCCGGUUUCCUCGUCCAGCCUCCCCGUUGCAGGACGUGGCCACCAUCGUGGGCAGUCGAGAGCAGUUGGCAGUUCUUCUGCACUUAUAUGAUCAUCAGCUCCAGCAUGAAGGAACUACAGGAUGGGACAGUUUGCUCUGGGUGGUCAACCAGUUUUUACCACAGAUAAUAGACAUCGUCGGCCGCAUUAACGUCACCUCCUCCACCUGUGUACACGAGUUCUCCAGAUUCUUCUGGAGAUUAUGUCGGACGUUUGGGAAAAUCUUUACCAACACUAAGGUAAAACCUCAAUUCCAAGAAAUCCUGCGGCUAUCAGAGGAGAAUGUGGAUGCCACCGCAGGGAACGGUAUCCUUACGAAGGCUACGGUGCCCAUCUAUGCAACCGGAGUCCUGACAUGCUACAAUCAGGAGGAGGACCGUAAGCUCUUAGUGGGCUUUCUUGAGGAUGUCAUGACCACUUUAUCUCUCUCCCAUGCUCCUCUCGACAGUCUGAAGGCUUCAUUUGUAGAGCUGGGGGCAAACCCGGCGUAUCAUGAGCUGCUCCUGACAGUGCUGUGGUAUGGAGUGGUCCAUACAUCUGCACUGGUCCGCUGCACUGCUGCACGCAUGUUUGAGCUGUUGGUGAAGGGGGUGAAUGAAACGCUAGUAGCUCAGAGAGUUGUUCCAGCUCUUAUCACUCUCUCCAGUGAUCCUGAAAUUUCAGUGAGGAUAUCUACAAUACCUGCCUUCGGGACAAUUAUGGAAACCGUUACGCAAAAAGAGCUGCUAGAGAGAGUGAAAAUGCAGCUGGCCUCUUUUCUGGAAGACCCCCAGUAUCAGGACCAGCAUUCUUUGCACAUGGAAAUUAUCAAAACAUUUGGAAGAGUAGGACCCAACGCAGAGCCCCGCUUCAGAGAUGAAUUUGUUCUUCCUCAUUUGCACAAACUGGCUCUGUGCAACAACCAGCAGACGGUUGAGAGUAAAAGAAUUGACAUUGCCACUCAACUGUUCGAGGCCUACAGCGCUUUAUCCUGCUGUUUUAUUUCAGAAGAACUCAUGGUAAAUCAUUUCCUGCCUGGACUGAGGUGUUUGAGGACUGAUAUGGAGCAGCUCUCUCCAGAGCAUGAGGUUAUUCUCAGCUCCAUGAUAAAGGAGUGUGAAAUAAAGGUGGAGAACAAAGGCAUUGGAGAGGCACAAGGGUCCAUUUCUAUUGCUGCGAGUCUGGUGGGUGAAGAUGCAAAGACCAAGUUUCUAAGUAAGAUGGGCCAGUUGACCACCUCAGGUGCCAUGCUGGCCAACGUUUUCCAGAGAAAGAAAUGAGAGCUGCUUGGACUGUUUCUCCAUUUUUUGGGAUCUCCUACUUGAAGUUCAGUCGUCUGCCUUUUUUUUUUUUUUUUUGAUCAUCAUUGAUUUGAAAGCCUGUAUUUUUAACAUAUUUAUGUCUUAAAUUUAUUCCAGCCUCCAAAGAUAUUUGCACUCAUAUUUCAGUGUUUUUUUAUUUCAGUUUUAUUUCAGAGGCGUAUUUACAUCACUACAGUUUUUUUUUUGUUCUUUCUUUCUUUCUUCUUUUGGGACAAUGUGAACUUUAUGAAAUCGAAAUGAUUCCUUCCUCGUCUCGUUGUCUUUUAUGUGUUGCUGUGUCUUUGAAGAAUAUUUUCUAAAAGUGUGUAAAGUUGUCCAGGGUUUUGUUUCUCUUAUUUUGGAUAUGCUCCAAUGGUAAAUAACUGUAAAAUACAGUGAACUGAGAGAACAGUACCCGAUAUCAUGUAUAUUUGAAAAUUCGUGUCAUAAGAUAAUAAAAAGCAAAGACCACUUGUGUACUUAUGUA